GUCAGGGUAGACGGUGCACUAGUGUUCCAGCGGAGAGGAGCCUAAGGAACCACAUUUAAGCCAUUUUGAGAGGAGGGGAGAGUUAGUGAGGGUGGAGGGGAGAGUUAGUGAGGGAGGAGGGGAGAGUUCAUUCAUAACUGUGGUGUGGGUGUCGGCGCGGGAGGGUUGGCGCGCCUGCCCAGUGCUAUCAAGAUGGCUACUAGUGGCAAGGCUCGGAACGGACAGCCAAAAAAUAUUUCAUCAUUUAUCUCACGGUUGCACGGUGCCUUCACAGAUGCCAUGGCUCCACCCAAGUUGGUAAUAGAAAGACGAACUUUAGAAAAGACGUGGAAAUUAAUGGACAAAGUGGUAAAGCAGUGCCAGCAAUCCAAAAUGAACUUGAAAAACUCUCCUCCAUUCAUUCUCGACAUUUUACCGGACACCUACCAACAUCUUAGGCUUAUCUACAAUAAAUAUGAGAAUAACCUUGCCGCUCUUAAUAAUAAUGAGUAUUUUAAGGUGUUUGUGGAGAACAUGAUGCGUAAGUGUAAACAAGCUCUGAGGUUGUUUAAAGAAGGAAAAGAGCUAAUGUUCGAUGAAAGCUCUCACUACCGACGCAACCUCACAAAACUCUCUCUCGUGUUUUCACAUAUGUUGUCAGAACUCAAAGCCACAUUUCCUCAGGGUUCCUUCGCAGGAGACCAAUUCCGGAUUACAAAAGGGGAUGCUGCCGACUUUUGGAAGAAAUGUUUUGGUGAUAGAACGGUAGUGCCGUGGAGAUACUUUAGAGACACUUUGAAUGAAGUACACACAAUUGGUCCAGGGCUUGAAGCCAUGGCUUUAAAAUCCACCAUAGACCUGACCUGCAAUGAUUACAUUUCCAGUUUUGAGUUUGAUGUUUUCACAAGAUUAUUCCAGCCUUGGCCCACGUUGUUGCGAAAUUGGCAAAUAUUGGCAGUCACACACCCUGGUUAUGUUGCCUUUCUCACAUACGAUGAAGUUAAAGCAAGAUUACAAAAAUAUAUCAACAAACCUGGGAGUUAUGUGUUCCGGUUAUCGUGUACACGGCUUGGUCAAUGGGCGAUCGGUUAUGUGACCAGUGAUGGCAGUAUCCUACAGACCAUUCCUCAAAAUAAAUCUCUUUGUCAAGCCCUUCUAGAUGGACAGAGAGAAGGAUUUUAUUUAUAUCCCGAUGGUCGAAAUCAAAAUCCGGACCUUACGUGGGUUGUAGAAGCCACUCCAGAGGAUCAUAUAAAGGUUACCCAAGAACAGUAUGAAUUAUACUGUGAAAUGGGCUCGACAUUCCAACUGUGUAAAAUUUGUGCAGAAAACGACAAGGACAUCAGAAUAGAACCCUGUGGACACCUCCUUUGUACUCCGUGUUUGACUUUAUGGCAGGACUCUGAAGGACAGGGGUGUCCGUUUUGCCGAGCAGAAAUUAAAGGGACGGAAACAAUUAUCGUGGACCCGUUCGACCCUCACAAGCAGCACCGUGCGCAGUCUCUACCUAGUGGUCAGCUGAUUGAUAUGGAGGAGGAGGAUGAGGUCUCUAGGAAAGAGAAGACUCAACUGGCAAGUGAUGCAGCAGCACCAGAGGAACAGGACCAGGGAAGUAAGCGGAGCUCGGGGAGUCAUCAGGAGGCUAAAGUGACAGGCAAGCCUCGAUGCCCCUCGCCUCCGGUGCCUGUCGAGGGAUUCAAUGUAGGUGCCGUGUCUAACAAUGGUUCAAGUGUAAAUACAGUAACAAACUCCAGAAGUGUAUCAUGUCCUCUCAGCAUGGACAGAUCUCACGAUACAAAUGAUGAAGUAAAUUCCAAUAAAGCACCUCCAAUACCUGAAAGACCACUAUCAAGUUUUUUUCCAAAUUUUGCCAUUGGGAUGGACUUGUUAACCAAAUUAUACCAGAGUGCCGGCGUUGAGACAACUAUUGGCUCAACUUUGCAUAACAGAAUAUCUCAGAAUUUUGACCAUGAUUUCAACAUUCAAAAUAAACCCUGUUCAUCUGUCGAAGCGGAAGUGCCUCCCUUGCCAUGUAGAGGACCUCCAACCAUGGGAGUUGAAUUGCCUAAUACACCCUCAGUACCUGUUAGGUCACAUCUGAAUAAAGGACUCAAUGAAGCUGAUAAACCUCUUCUACCUAACAGGCCAGCUCCAGGAACAGGGUUUAAUGGGUCACCCAUGUCUAAAAGAAAAUUAUUAGGUAUGGGAGUUGACGGGGUUAGGCACGCAACUGUGGCUAGUAAACCAUUGGCGACACAGUUGGAUGAAUGUGCUGUGCCAAAUGUGCCAAAAAGACCAUUGUCUCAUUUGUUUACUAAUCUGAACACACUAUUUCCAAGUAAUGCUCCAUGCAAAUCGAUUUCACCUGCAUUACAAGGCCCACAUCAAAAAACACUAAUAAAGAAGAGACACUCAUUGGAAGUAUUGUUUGAAAUUAAUGCUAGCCAGAAGGGAACACAUUCAGCGCUGCAGCACAUUGCUGCUAAUACACGCAAUUCAUCUCCAACUAUUGGUCGGUCUUUUGAGAUGCAAGAUGAAAACCGACCCUGGAGAAGUUUUGAAACACCACCAAACUGGAGGACUAGCUGGGAAGGGAUAGAGCAAGAGUCCCAGCUUGUGACACCUGGUGGGCAGAACAUCUGGGCCUGUUUACCCUCCAACAGUGGUUCAGUGCCUCCACCAAUACCUCCACUUCCUCGUAAACUUAUUAAUAAUCAUAUUCACCAUGACAAAAAAUCUUGGAUGUUUUCGCCUGAGUCGCAUGAUGUAUCUAGGAAUGCUGGUAUUCAUUCAAUCGAAAAUGCAAAUUCCAUUAGAGGCAAAAUGGAAAUGUUUCCUAAACAGAAACCUAUUGAAAGAAGACUAUCUUUUGACUUGGGAUAUAAAUGUGACAGUCUGAAAUAUGUAUCCCAGAGUGGAGAAAUAGCAGAGUGUGAGAUAGACCCUAAGGAGAGAGUAGAUGAUAGAGAUUGGACUUCUCCAGGUUUAAAACCUUAUAUUAAACACGAAACAUGCAUCAGGAGCAAUCCACUCUAUGAUUUUGUGUUUCCACCUUCAUCUCCACUUCUACUUCCAGAAAGACCCAACAAUUCAAACCCUCAGUUGUCUUGCAACCUUAGUAAUACUCAUUUAUCCCAAUCUCAUGAAACGGGUACCAGACCAAAGAAUUUGAGCUCUAAACCUGUGCCCCUUGCUCGGAGAGGAAAUACAAAAUCCUCCCAGAAACACAAUAGAAAUUCUCAAUGGUUUGAAGCUGGAAGAGAUGACGAGUUUCAAAAUGAAGAUGUUACUAUAGUUGGAUCCGAAAGCCUGGAUAGAUCUACUGACAUAUCACAAAGUCCUGAUAUACAUUCUGACAAGUUACGGAAUUAUGAAACAUGCACCGCUGAUGAUGAUGGGCCAUUGAAGCAAGUCCCUGGUACAGUUCAUAGUGAUCAUGGCAGUGCAACGCAGGAUUCUACCCAGCAGGGAUCGAGAAGUCCACUACUGUCACCAGGAGCCUCGCCUAGAGUCUGUCGCAGAGAUGACGUAAUACCUCCGCCUCCCGUCCCGCCCAGGAAGGCUAGCCCCGCCCCCAGCCCGCCCUCGACGCCAGCCACUAUUCACAGGUCGAGUGUGUUAGAGCUGGAGGAAGAAGAGGACAUGCCUCUAGCUCCUCCAAGAACUCUGACCUCCCUCACGCCGCCCACGGUGGUCGGCACGCCUACCACGCCCACCUCCCCGCCCAGGACAAUCACCAUAGUGACCCUCGACCCCAACAACGUAGCGGUCGAGACCACCACCACAGGGCCAGGCAAGGACCCCAGCGGGAGGAAGGCGGGGGCGCCAUCACCCCUGCGCCACCGCCCACUCUCCGUGCCACACAUUGUGCCCAGGACCAGCAAGCUGAUGAGGGCCUCGGGGUCCAACCCUUCCCUCUCCUCUUCCUCCUCCUCGCCUACCUCCACGCCUGCCACCACGCCCGUGCCUACCUCCACGCCAGCCACCACGCCCACUCCAUUACCCUCCGCGCCGGCCUUUCCCUCCCACUUUCCCACUAGUUCAACUGUCUCUUCCCCUUCCUUUGUGCCGGUGAGCCUACCAGCGAGUCCCAACCCCAGCAGCGGCCACACCCAGAGACACCAGCAGCCUCUGUCACCACUGGGCGGCCCGCCCACCACCACGGCGCCGCCCCCGCCUGUCUCAGUCUCCUCGCCCGUGACGGUCAUCACAUACACGCCCGUGAUGACCUGCGAUGACCUGUCCUUCAGCCCGGAGCCUAUCACCACCGCCAUCACCACCGCCAUCACUACCACCGUCACCCCGCGCCCUCGCACCAUCCUGCCCUCACACUCCACCCUCAUGCCCCCCACGCCUGCCACCACGCCAUCCCCAUCUUCCCCCUCCUCCAUCACCUCCUCCACUUCAUGCUCGUCCUCCGGGUCGGCCUCCACCACCAGCAGCGGCGUCUGCGGCGACGUGGACAGAAGAGCCAGUGGCACCAGCCACACCGGUGACCUGGAGGACAUCCAUGAGGAGCCGCCCUACGAGAACACCACUCUGCCUCCCUCAGCGUGUCCGACGUCAGCGAGGAAGUCAGCAACUGACUCGGACCUUCCCAACUUCCCGGCGCCGUCAGCCCCCUCCUUGCCGACGAUAAUUAAAUCUUGGUCGGCUGACAGAAGCAUGAACGUGACGGAAGGACUGGAAGGUGAGGAGGCGCACACGGCCUACGAGAAUCUGCACAUGGACUACUUGGCGACGCUGACGCAGGAGGGUUUCGCCCAGGACGCCGUCAUUCGGGCCCUGGUUAUCACUAGAAAUGACAUAGCGAUGGCCAGAGACAUCCUCAGGGAGUUCGCCUCCAAGAGAAGCUAAGGGGACGCUCCGUUCCGCCCCACAGUAAGGAGGCUUAACGGCAACAGAUAAUCAAUGCCCCUCUCCCCGCCAGCAAGAUAUCCACUUGAGGACACAGAGCCAGACGGGAAGGGGCUGAUGGGGAGGUGUGGAUAGUAAGCGCGGGGUUAGGUGCCAAGUUCAACGCUCUGUCGGAGCAACUGUUGGAAUCACCAUUGUGUGUUCUUAUUUGUAUAUUUGGUAAGGUCUCUCUAGCUAAUGAGGUUUCAUCUCCCCUUUAACGGAAGUAUUAAGACCUCGACCUUGGUGCUCCUCUGAAGGCCACUGUUAAUGUACUAUUUAUUAAAGACUCGGUUCUUGUGGUCUUCGUAGGCAAGCCCCUGGAAGCGCCGCCAUGGAUACUGCGACAAGUGGAACAAAAAUCCGGGGAACUUUACGUGUUCUUGACAGUAUUACCGGAAAUGUUAUGCUGAGAAUCCAGUCACUGUACAGUAUUUAUCUUUUGUUCUAAUAAUGUAAUUAUCUUUGGACUAGGUGCAUCCCUGCUGUGACUUAGUGAUUACAAAAACUUCCUAAGUGUUCUCGCCCUGGGUUUGAAGCCGUGCCAAAGAAAACAAAACUCUUUCUUAUAUUGUGGGUUCUUAGUGCCAACGUUACCUUGCAGUGGUCAGUGGUAAACGAAAAUGAUUUUGUACAGGUUUUCAAAGGGGUUAAAGUGGUACAAGCGGCGAGGCAGAGGCUAUAUGUCUGCAAGAGUGGCAUGGGAAUGCAGGCGGCGAAGGGAUCCUGGAUGUGCAAUAAUCUCAUUCCCUCAUCGUCUGGCUGUCGUACCCGAGUCCUCGUGAGAUCAGGUCAUCUCUGAAGACUCCAGCGUGGAUUCCAGGGAUAAGAAAUACAGGACUUUUGCUGAAGAUAAAUCAACAGGUGAAGUGUCUUGAUGAGAUUAGCUGAAGUGGGCAGGUUCCUCACACCCGCACGACCUGGAGACAUAGUUAUACCAGGUCCCACACACCUGUGGGAGCUGGUGACGAGGAUGCAUUUUAGCCCAGCACCCUAGGGGGGUACUUAUUGACAUACG